GUCAAUUGGACACACUGUCCAUUGGUUACCGAUGUCCAAGCCCAUUUGGACUAACCAAAUUAGACCAAUAAAUAAAGCUGUCCAGUUGGUCGAAACCCAAUAAACUCCAAAUCCAAUGGGCUUAAACCAAAUGGACAUGGGCGGCCCAAUGGGUUUCCAAUGGAUAUUACUCUUUUUCGGCUCUCGUCUCUGCGACUCUCAUCUCUUCCCGUUCUCUCUCGAUGAAGUCGACUCACGGCGACUCUCCGUUCUCUCUCCCCUCAGCGUCUUAAUCCUCGACUCUCUCUCUCUCUCGGCGUCUCGAUCCGCCUCUCUCUCUCUCUCGGCGUCUCGAUCAUCUCUCUCUCUUUCUCGCGAGUCGCGACUCUCGAUCCGAUCUGCCUCUCUCCUUCUCAGUGACUCUCUCUCUCUCUCGGCGUCUCGAUCCGCCUCUCUCUCUCUCUCGGCGUCUCGAUCAUCUCUCUCUCUCGGCGUCUCGAUGGAUAUAUUGAGUUUGAACAAUGAUGAUGAGUAUGCGAGUGAAGAUGCAUGUUCAGAACAGGAAAUGGACGAGAACAAUCCUAUUGUGGACGAGUCUCUCAUGAGCACAGCCGAAGGGAAAGGUAAACACAAGCGUAGACACUCUAAGUGCUGGAACCACUUUACUAUAGAAGGAGAUAGGUUGCCUGAUGGGAAAUUCAAAUGUGUCUGCAACCACUGUAGCCAGUUUUACUACCUAAACUUGCAUAAAAGUGGAACCAAUACUAUGCUUCGCCACUCUGAACGCUGCCCCAAAACCCUUAGUAGUAUUGUAGGUUGUAAGAAGAUCGAUCAGUUGGUGUUUCGAGAUAUGAUUGCUGUGGCUAUUGUUGAGCAUGAUCUCCCCUACGCCUUUGUAGAGUUUAGAAGGGUUAGGGAAGCCUUGAAGUAUGCCAACCCCACCAUAGAAUUCUGGUGUAGGAACACAGCUGUAGCCGAUGUACUUAAGAUAUUUGAGGGGGAGAAAAGGAGACUUAAACAUGUGUUAAAUGAGCUUCCGGGUAGAGUUUGUCUAACCACCGAUCUAUGGAGAGCUAUAACCAUCGAGGGUUAUCUCUGUCUCACUGUCCAUUAUAUAGAUGCUGAAUGGAACCUUAGAGCUAAGAUCCUUUCUUUUUGCGCCUUCCCUCCACCGCACACUGGUACUGCCAUUGCCAUGAAGCUAUUGGAGUUGCUAAAAGAAUGGGGUCUGCUAAAGAAGGUCUUCACUAUAACCGUGGACAAUGCCUCUUCCAAUGAUAAUAUGCAAGGAGUAGUCAAGAGGCAGCUUAAGAAAGAUUUAGUCUGUGGUGGAGAGUUCUUUCACAUCAGGUGUGUUGCUCAUAUUUUAAACCUCAUUGUACAAGAUGGUUUAGCGGUGAUAGGUGAGGCGUUAGAGAAGAUCAGAGACAGUGUUAAGUAUGUCCAGAUAACUGAGUCUAGAGAGAUAUUGUUUCAAGGCUGUGUGGAGUCGGUUGGAGUUCGGAAGAAAGGGGAUUUACUUUUGGAUUGUCCCACGCGGUGGAACUCUACCUAUCUCAUGUUAACUAGAGCUCUUCACUAUAAAGAGGCAUUCAAGAAUCUUGCAGAGAUUGAGACAAGCUACCAGAGCUUACCUACAGAAUCUGAGUGGUUAAGAGCUAACCUCAUUUCUGGUUUGUUACAGCCAUUCGAUGAGAUGACAAGGCUUGUUUCUGGCACCAAAUACCCUACAGCGAAUCUGUAUUUCAUGGAGGUGUGGAAAAUUCAGACUUGGUUGAAUACAAACGAGUUUCAUGAAGAUAGAGUGAUCGCUGAUAUGGUGGAUUCAAUGAGGAUGAAAUUUGUGAAGUACUGGGAAGAGUACAGUGACAUUUUGGCAAUUGCAGCUGUGUUAGAUCCUAGACUCAAGUUCAAGGUCUUGGAGUACUGCUACCACACUCUAGAUCCAGCAACAUGUAAAUCCAAAAUGGAUUACAUACGAAAAAAGGUGGUGAAGUUGUAUGGAGUAUACAAGAAGAAUAGUAGUGCUCAUAGUUCACAAGAAGUAGAAGAAGAUGCUCUACCAGCUGGUUAUGGUGGCUUCUAUGCGUUCUUCUCUCAACAAUCAGGAACAAGAAAAUCUGCUUUGGAUUUGUAUCUGAGUGAACCUGUGCUUGAUAUGGUGUCAAAUUUAAAGUUAGAUGUCCUUGAGUAUUGGAGGGACAACGCAAACCGUUUUAAGGAGCUCUCUAGAAUGGCAAGCGAUGUCCUAUCCAUCCCAAUAACAACGGUAUCAUCAGAGUCAUCAUUCAGUGCCGGAAGUAAGGUUCUCAGCAAAUACAGGAACAGACUUCUCCCUUCAAAUGUUCAAGCUUUAAUCUGCACUAGAAACUGGCUCAGAGGUUUUGAAGUGAUUGCUGGAUGCGAUUUAGAUGAGGAAGGUAAAGAAGAUAAGCAAGAUACCAAUGUGGAAGCAGAAGGAAGUGGAAGGAAGAAGAGGACCCGACUCAACUAAACCCUAAAGGAGAGGCUGAGAAGAUAAAGAAGAGAAGGGCUUUGUGGAAUUAUGUAUGAAUCAUUAUGCUUUGGAUUUUUUAUUUUUAUGUAGGAACCAUUAUGUAUGAACUAAUAUAUGAAUUUUCUAUGCUUUGGAUAUGUAAAACUUAUGAAACUUAAUGUGUAAAACUUGAAAUUUAUGUUUUU